AUGGAUACCUAAUAUAAUACAUACCUCCUCCCUCCCUUCCUCCCUCUCUCGCCCUCCUCCUAUCCCACUCUCCCUCUAUGUCUCUCUCCCUCUCUCCAUGCACACCAAAGCUCUUUAGGCUACUUUGCGCAUGUACGGCCAGUCAAAGCGAGCAUUGCAUCGACUCCAAGAUGGCGAAAACACGUCUGGCUUGCCUCCUGACUCUCCUCUCAACUCACUGCUACUUCAGUGUGUCAGCAGUGGUCCUGAAAACCAACAACGAGUCACCGUGGACCGAUGAGUUUGACAAAAUUGAGUUAUCGUGUUUGAUUGACUCCAUCUCUACAACCAACCCGAGGAUUGAAUGGAAGAAGAUAACGAAUGAGGGGCCAAGUUAUGUGUACUUUGACAAGAAGAUCUCAGGCGACCUGGAGAACCGAGCGAUGAUCAGAGAACCGGCCACAUUGCUGAUAACCAAUGCCACAAGGUUGGACACGGCCAAAUAUCGCUGUGAGGUCACCGCCGCUAACGACCAGAAGUCCUUUGAUGAGAUUGUGAUUGACCUCGUUGUAAGAGUAAAGCCGGUGGUGCCCAAAUGCAGUGUCCCAAAAUCAGUGCCUUUUGGGAAGUCAGCCGAGCUGAGCUGCGUGGAGCACGAGGGCUACCCCAAGUCUCAGUACCAGUGGUUCAAGAACAGGGAGGAGAUCCCCGACGACCCAAAGACCAGCCUCAAGUUCUUCAACUCCACAUACACGCUCAGCGCAGAAGCCGGAACUCUGAACUUCAUCGCAGUCAGGAAAGAAGACGCGGGCGAAUACUUCUGCCGAGCGAAGAACGACGCAGGAUACUCCGAGUGUCCGCCCCAGAAGAUGGAAGUCUAUGAUAUUGACGUUGUGGGGAUCGUACUGGGAGUGCUGGUGGUGGCCGUAGUGCUCUUGUGUAUAACAGCGGGGAUCUGCUGUGCAUACAAGCGAGGCUACUUCUCCAGCCAAAAACAGACGGGGAACAAUUAUAAAGUUCCAGCUAAAGGAGACGGAGUGGACUACGUCAGGACGGAGGAUGAGGGGGAUUUCCGACACAAGUCGUCAUUUGUGAUCUGAAAAGAGAGGAGGGAUGACGAGGGGGCCCUGUGCUGAGUGAAAGACAUGACAUGUGGGACUGCGCUGCACGCUGUCUGACCACGGCUCAUGCUCGGAGCUCUCAGCAUGGCUGAAAUCCAACUACUCGAGUUUGCCAAAGGUGACAAGAUUUCACAGGACAACUGCGUCCAAACUAUUACACAUGUACGGACUGCGAUUCAUUUGUCAACUUGUAUCACCACCAACUGAUUUAUUUAGCUAAAUUAUGGAGUUCCUACUUUACAGUUAAUUGCAUGGUUUUUAAACACCAUCCGAGGUGGAGGAGAGGAAACUUUUCUUUAGUCUGCCAGGUAGAAAAGGAGGAGUCUCUUUCCACCAAAGUCAGUCAAUCAAGACACCUUUCUACCUUUGCUUCCAACCUUUUUGCCAUUUGUAUAAGAUUUCUUUUCUACUGUUGAAAUUUGUCAGACUAUUUUUGAUGGAAUAUAUUUUAAAAUGCCUAUAGAUAAAGGUUUACUUUUUUAAAUAUUUGUAAAAUACUAACAUGUGUUUUUUGUUUUGUUUUGUGGAUACAAAAAAAUAUGUAACAAGAAAGGAAAAAGACAAUUGAAAAACGACUUAGCAGCAUCUCAAGAUGUGGUUCUUGAUCGGCGGUCUUACAAAUUUAAUUUCUCCACUGGGAACGCCCCCCCCAGCCCCACCCCACCCCCUUCUGUUGUGAGAGACUUCCAUGUUCCUGUUUGUAGAUAGUCUUAGUCAGAGGCUUUGAAGAGUGCCAGUCCAAUGCUGUGAAACACUGCACACAAUCAGUGCUGCAUUUUCUUGAUUUUAAGUGUCCUUCUAUGCUUGCUGUUGAUCUUGUAUAUAUUGAAUUUACUGUCCAGGAUCGAGUUUUGCUGUCAUGUGUACUUUCAGUAUUACACUAUAAUUAUAAUUAUGAUAAUAAUAGUACUACAGGGUUUGUUAGUUAACCUUCCAGACCCAAAGACAACUCAGUUUUAAUACUAGACCUGGGAUCCUGACUCUGAUUACAGUGUAAAAGCCUCAAUUUGAAUUCGGAAUGGAACCAAUUGGAAGACCUGAUACAGAGAAAAAAGAACUUUCUGGAAAUGUGAGUGACAGACUUAUUUUAAAGGGUAAUUUAGUUUUUUCCAUCCUGUAACUUUUCUUUUUUCCAUGGAGACUAAUGUGAACAACACUCUUUGAAAUUGUUCCAGUAUUGAGUGAGGACUCUGUAACAUGCAGCUUAGAUUAUUAUUGUCAUUGUCUGACAACAUUAUGAGAAGAAUCCCUACAGAGAUAGACCUUUUUGUUAAAGAUAAAGUUGUUGUUUGACAUGAAACAGCCACACAAUUGAUAUCGCCAAACCCACCAGACUCCAUGUAAAAUAAUCACUACUUUUAGCGUGUAUAGAGCCAGCACAUUUCCACGUGUAAAUGGGUGAACUAAGGGUUUAUUUCAACCAGACCGGAGCGGUGAUCGUUGGAACAUUGGAAAGACGAACCAAGACGCCUCAUAGUUUUGUUUGGUUUCUGUCCACUUUGAAUGAAUUGUGUAUUACGGGGAUAAAAUCACUGUUUCCUUACAUGGAGCCUGGUGGGUUGAUAUACAGUAUACUCUAGUAAUAGCCAUUUCGGGGUUGAUAUACACAAAGGAUCUAUCUCUGUAGAGAUCCUUUCCAUAACGUUGUCUGACACUUUUAAUAAAAAAACCGUGUCUGUCAGCGGCAAAAACAGAUCUUUAGUGGACGUGCAUUGAAGGUGCACAAUUGCCCAAUAACGUUACAUUGCAUCUUUUUUAGCCGCUGUCUAGUUUAAUACUGGACAAAUUUCAAAACUUGUGUUCCCAUCACUCAUUAAGACACAAA